CUGAGCUCACUGCUGUCCUCUAUUCCUCUGCCACUGGCCUCUGUUCCGCUUCCUCCCGCGGCUUACUUGUUUUUCCUGCCAAAGAAUUGCCCUGUGGAUUUUUUUCCAUGUCCUUCGGGUGGAGAUUCACAGAGCAACGCUGUCGUGACUCGCCAGCCGACACUGCAGAGAAGAGAGUGGGAAAGAAGGCGUGAGACGCUGAGGCAGACCAAUCGAUUAUACUGAUACAGAAGCGACGCAUUGAAGGAGGAGAGGCAGCCUUCCUUCUUUUCAUUUUUAGAGCUCUUCCCUGGCUUGCUCUGGACCUCUACAGAACAUUUGGCUCACAUUCUCCCUAAGAAAAAGACCGCUCAUUUCAGGGACAACUGGGCUGUUUGUCAAGUCAAAGAAGAGGAGGGUGGUGGCCUUUAAGUUCAAUGUUUGCCACUACCACAAACUAACUGAUCUCCAUUCUGAAUGAUUAUGCUGGACAUCAACCAUUGCCUGUCCUUUGAACACUCCCCGUUGGGCUCUCCUCCAAUGGGUAAUGACAUGGACAAGGCAGGCGUGAGCAUGGAUCAUGAUAGACAAGUCUAUCACAACUUGAAAGAAGUCCUCCAGCUUAAACUCCAACAGAGACGCACGCGAGAGGAGCUGGUCAGUCAAGGGAUCAUGCCACCGCUGAAGAGCCCGGCAGCCUUUCAUGAGCAGCGGCGGAGUCUGGAGCGUGCAAGGACUGAAGACUAUCUCAAAAGGAAGAUCCGCAGUCGUCCCGAGCGCUCUGAGCUGGUCAGGAUGCACAUUCUGGAGGAGACAUCAGCAGAGCCCUCCCUGCAGGCCAAGCAGCUGCAACUGAAGAGAGCUCGACUGGCCGACGACCUUAACGACAAGAUCUCGCACAGGCCAGGUCCCAUCGAACUGGUGCACAAAAACAUCCUGUCUGUUUGCCCUGAUGAGAAUUCACCACCUGAUUCUCCAAAGGGAGCUAGAGGAGAGAACUCAUCUUUGGACGAAGACAGCAGUGACGCGCUGUCACCCGACCAGCUCGCCAUUCACGACUCUCCUGUGAGUGCUGUCCCGCAGCCGUUGCCCUCAGAUGUGCUCGCCCAGAAUGGAGACAUGUCCCCCACACAGUUUGUCACACAGCCCACUCCACAGCCUCCUCCUACUCCCCUGGUGAACGGGUCAGAUUCACCCCCACCCCUGAAAGUGGCAAACGGGACCAUAGUAACCUCCCGCACAUCCUUUGGGCAGCUCAAGUCCCACAGUAAGACAAGUUCUGACCGUCCUCCGCUGAGAUCCAAGAAAGCAAAAGACAACAAACCCAAGGUGAAGAAGCUGAAGUACCACCAGUACAUCCCUCCGGACCAGAAGGUGGACAAGGAGCGUCCACCUUUGAUGGACUCUUCCUACGCCAAACUCCUCCAGCAACAGCAGCUCUUCUUACAGCUGCAGAUUCUCAACCAGCAACAGCAGCACUACAACUACCACACCAUCCUGCCCGCGCCUCCCAAGCCAGCUCCAGAGCAGCCUCUCCCGACGAACCCUAGCCCUUCCCCCACUCGCAACGUUCCCACGACCACCAAUGCAACCCCGACGAGUGGAAACGCACGUCAGAGCCAAAUUUCAGUGGGAGGGGCCAAACCGACCACUUUGCCCGCCAACCUGGAUGAGUUCAAGGUCGCCGAGUUGAAACAGGAACUUAAAUUGCGAGGUUUGACCGUCUCCGGCACCAAGAACGAUCUCAUCGAGAGGCUCCGCAACUACCAAGAGCAAAACGGCACCCCUGCGGCAGUCUCAAAAAAUGGCGCGUUGCAACCCAUCCAUCAGAGCGCCGCCUCUGCAGCUAACACCGCUCCGACUGCCGGCACGGACCCCCAACAGGCUGAGGGAAGGUUCAAGGUAGCGCUGUCCCCGCUAGCUCAGGCUUUUCCCGGUCGAGUCAUCCGUUUUGGAAGCACCAGCUCCAGCCCGCCCAUUUCUCCAUCUCCAUCUGAACGCUCAUUAGCAGGGCUGAGUCCAGAUGAGACCAGCUGUAACGGAGACAUGUUUGGAGAGAUGGUGAGCUCUCCCCUGACUCAACUCACCCUCCAUCCCUCUCCUCAGCACCUGUCCAACCCCUCCCCUCUUUCACAAGCGCUCAGCCAGCCGAAAGAAGAAGGCCUUAGCUCAUGCAGCCUCCACAGGUCUUCCCCUGGCUCAGUUGAGUCCCUAGAGCCUUUCUCCGUGGUAGCCAUGGACCCCUGCUCCAUUGACAAAGACCAGAUGCUACAGGAGAAGGACAAACAGAUUGAAGAGUUGACCCGCAUGCUGAGGCAGAAGCAGAGGCUGGUGGAGACGCUCAGGUCCCAGCUGGAGUUGGGAAAGAUGGCGGGAGGCGUGGCGUCAGAGCAGGAAGGAAGUGACAAGAGAACACCGUCUCCAGAUGUUAAAUCUGAGCCACUCAUUAAAGCCUCGCCCAUUGAAUCCCCAUUGCUUCCCAAUGGCCUGGUGAAGGUGAAGCAGGAGGCUGAGACUGAGGAAGGUAUGACGGGAGUCAUGGAGGAGGCAUGGCAAAGCAAAAGAGUGCUCCAGCCUAUGCAGUGCUCCCAGGAGACUCUGAUCAGACUGCAGCAGAUUAAUCGGCUUCAAGUUCAACAAGCGGCGCAACUGAAGCAGUCGCAGAAAGUUUCAGAGCCCAAGUCAAGCCCUCAAAAACAACACGAGCACAAAAAGGAAUCCCGAAUCCUGCUCCAGCAGCAGCAGCAACUCCAGCAGCUCAUCAUUCAGCAGACACAGCAGAAGCAGCUCCAGGCCCAGCAGAAGUUGGCCCACCUGCAACAGGCUCAAGGGAAGAAGAACCAAACGCACCACAAAAGCUCGGUUCAGCUGAAGCGGGUUCAGUUGCAGAUCCACAACCAGACGGUGGCCACCCAGAAGCCUGCAGCCAACCAAAGCCACCAGAGGAAGCAGCUGAAGGCUCAGCAAAGGCAGCAACACAAACAGCAGACGGCCACUGUCAGCACACAGCAGGUGGCACCAGUCUUCAUGAACCAACAGAACAGCACUCAGAUUCACACUCAGGCUUUUUCAUUAGACCUUCUUAAGGCUGGCGGCACGCUGGUCACUGACACCAAUGGCAACCACUACUUGAUCGCCCUCACCAGUAACACAGCGGACAGUCAGAACCGAACGCCCUCACUGGCCAAAAGCAACGGCCGCGUCACGCUGCAAAGACUGCAGUCGACUCCGAGCAAGCUGCCUAGCACUGACGGCCAAUCACAAGAGCAGAAAGACAGGCAGAGUGUGAGCCAGCCAAUCGAAAAGGGACAGAAAGUGGAGCUGCACGUGGACACCAAUGGCGUUCCGCCGGCCAGCUCGUGCGUCACCGCCCCCCCCAACCUGCAGCCUUUCUUCGACGACAUGUCGGACAGCGAAAGCCAAAGCAGCUUGAUCUCUUCCUUCAAGAGAGAGCGGGCGUGUCCGCCCUAUGACCGGCACACUCUGUUUACUCCUCCCUCCCCCAAACCCAACACCUCUCUUCCUACAAAGCGCUGCAAAGGGAAUGGCGUCAAUUGUCAGCAGAUGGACGACCUCUUUGACAUCCUUCUCAAGAGUGGAGAAAUCCCCGGUUUUAAGGCCAACCCGGACCCAUCACUCGCCCCUCUGCACUCUGACCCGCCCUCUCCCACCUCCCCGCAGUCCCCUCUCCACCUCUCCCCUCCCACCCCUACCUCUCCUCUCGUCUCCCCUCCGGCCCCCCCAGGAGAGCCCUGCACGGGCGGCGGUCGCCUGGAGGACUUCCUGGAGAGCUCCACGCUUCUCGAGCCCGGCGGCGGCCUGACGCUCAUCGACGACCUCCACAGCCAAAUACUGAGCACGUCUGGCAUCCUGGACCACCCGUCCUCCCCCAUGGACACGUCCGACCUGGGCUUCUCCACCCACUCGGCGGAGCUGGACUUGGUAGAUGCCGCUCUGGACAGUAUGGACUGGCUGGACAUCUCCAUGGUGGGGAACUCCAGCGGCGGGAGCGGCGCGGGGGUAGGAGGAGGAGGGGACGGGGGGACGAGCCUGACCCCGCUGACCCCGCACACACCACCAAGCGUCUUCUCUGCUGACUUCCUGGACAGCACGGACCUGCAGCUGCACUUGGAGUCGUGUCUGUAGCCUCAGACGACGGCGCGCUGUGCUCAGGCUCCACCUUGAUACCUUCUCUAUGCUGUCUCUUAUCACUGCUGGGCUCUCUGGCACACGCAUAUGGAAAACCGUUUGACAAUUUAUUCAAUAUCCUUGACAUCCAGCUGAAGGUCAUAGCACUAGUCCACUUUGUCCUCGAUCAUAAGACAAUUCAGCGCACUAAUAAAAUGACUUGUUUUUCUACUAAUGUUUUUUUUCCCACUACUAGUGCCACUUUUGGCCUAUGAGUAUAUAUUAAAUCAUACUAGUAAAGUACUGUGCUGCAAUAGUAAGACUACUAGCACCAACUAGAAGGCAUGUAUCAUUCACUAGUAGCCUCCUGGACCCUCACUAAUAACAUGUAGUUGGCCUACUAGCCAAAGUUGCCAAAGUUGUUCUAGUAGUGUGCAGAAAUGUCAUGCAGUAGUGGGGAAGAAGGUACUAGUAAGAUAGUCAUUCUACUAGUCUGCAGAACUGUCAUACAAGCGUGGAAGGCAGUAGUGGGGAAAAAAAACUUCGCUAGUUAGUCGUUCUAUUAGUGUGCCGAAUUGUCUUAUUGAGGACAAGGAGCGUACUAGUACAGGGAGCUAGGAUAUUGAAUAAAUGCUCAACCGGCGUUGCAUACAAGCACACAUACACACAGCCCUUUCUAUUAGUGGCUUUAUUAUGCACUAUGAGGUGGACUUCAGGCAAACUGUAUAGUAUUUCCAUGAGGAUCCAUGAGCAUUACCUGCUGAAGGUGAAUCAGUCAUUUCAAGGAAAGCUUUACCCAUCAGGCCUUGUACUAUCAGAUGGAAGUGUGUGUGAAGUGCGUGUGUGUCAGUGCCUCCUAAACUUUGCACUUAUGUCAGAUUGGUUGAAGGGGGGCGUUCAGGUCAGCAGACGAAUGUUGGGCGAAGCCGCCUUUUGUGUUAAGUGACUGGUCAGCUGAGGUGGUGUGGGGGGGGGUGCAAAGGCAGCUUUCAGUGGCCUCCCUCCAUCACCAGAGCAACCUGAAGCCCACCCACACUAGUCAAAACAAAAAAAAAACAUGCACAACCGUCAUUGGUUGUCAGUUGCUGUUGAAAUGAACCAUAUCAGUGGCGACAGGUUUAACUGAAGCCUCGUUAGAGGUUGCAUAUUAUUGGUAACAUUAUGGUAGACCACUAUGUAUUGCUGUAUAUGGGGUGUAUAUUAUCAAUUGUUCAUAUGGCAAUUUUUUCUUUGCUGGUUCUUUAGUGGAGCUCGCCAGCUGGGGGAAAUAGGGUGAGGGCAGGGCCUCCAAAGACUUGGACCUUGUCUUUCUUUUUUUCUAAGAAUAAAGAAAAAAGCUAUGAAAA